UACUCCUUCUCGAAGGCAGGGACAAGGAAGAAGAGGCCGAUCUCUUAGGAGCACAUCGCGCCGCUGUCUCUAAUCGUCGGUGCCUUUCGAUCGCGUCAACCGUCAGCGCCAAUGACUUCGCCGUCCGCCACGCCAACGGCCACAACGGCGCACCGACGGCAGCAUCUUCUGACCCCAGCGAUGGCACACUCACGCCAUUCCGCUCCUCGAGCACCGGCUCAGGCUCGUUCGCACAAGUCGGCUUCGCCACCCAAGCCGAGCAUCCCGAGGGGCUCAGCUCACGUCGCCGCCAAAAUCGAGCCCUACUGGUUGUCCUGGCUCAGCGGCGUGCCAAAAUACUGCCACUCUGAGCGCGAGGCCCGCUGCCUACUUGCGACAUCAACCCGAGACGGCUACUGCCUCAUGCAUCGGGAGUGUUCGGCACCGAAGGGCCAGCGAUGUACUCGUACAGUUCGACAAGGAAGAGCCAGAUCCAGACAAAACGCCGUCAAGCCGUGCUGCCGCCAAGCCGCGCUGCCGCCAUAUUGCAUGCACCGCCAAGAUGAAAUACAUGCAGCUCCUGAAGGGGGUGAAGGAAGGCGUCGAGUCCCAAGUCACGGAAUGGGAUAUCGUGGGCUAUGCCGACGAGUUCGACGGUUUUGGCAUAGGCUGGAUGAACCUAGGACACUACGCAGGGAUGUCCGUCAUGGGACCGGGGCUCGUCGAUCCACCCGCAAUUCAGACGUCCCAUGCGGUUGCUCCGGCGUAGCAUGCUCAGCUAAGCCCGCCCUGAUGCGCAUGUGUCGUCUGCGUUCACCGAUGGUCGUCGUCGGUUCCAUGCUCCUCGGCCCGGCCAGGCUGCGUGAGUAAGGCUCUUGCUUUCGUGGUUGACUAAAACUUGCUGGCGGUAACGAUGGUGAAGGGGCUCCGAAAGGCGAUGAAGAUGCUCCCGACCAUAUCGUAGUGGCAGCCGUCAAUCAAGUCCGAAGACGAAGA